CUGCCCGGGUGCACCACUCGCCGCCGCAGACCCUGCCUUGAGUGUGCAGCCCGCCUGAACGCUCCCCACAGCUACUACUGCCCUUUGGAAUGGCCAACAGGGGACCCGCGUAUGGCCUGAGCCGGGAGGUGCAGCAGAAGAUUGAGAAACAGUACGAUGCAGACCUGGAGCAGAUCCUGAUCCAGUGGAUCACCACCCAGUGCCGCAAAGAUGUGGGCCGGCCCCAGCCUGGGCGUGAGAACUUCCAGAACUGGCUCAAAGAUGGCACAGUGCUGUGUGAGCUCAUUAACGGACUGUACCCCGAGGGGCAGGCCCCAGUAAAGAAGAUCCAGGCCUCCACCAUGGCCUUCAAGCAGAUGGAGCAGAUCUCUCAAUUCCUGCAAGCAGCUGAGCGCUACGGCAUUAACACCACUGACAUCUUCCAAACUGUGGACCUCUGGGAAGGAAAGAACAUGGCCUGUGUGCAGCGGACCCUGAUGAACCUGGGUGGGCUGGCGGUAGCCCGGGACGAUGGGCUCUUCUCUGGGGAUCCCAACUGGUUCCCUAAGAAAUCCAAGGAGAACCCUCGGAACUUCUCAGACAACCAGCUGCAAGAGGGCAAGAAUGUGAUCGGGUUACAGAUGGGCACCAACCGCGGGGCGUCUCAGGCAGGCAUGACCGGCUAUGGGAUGCCACGCCAGAUCCUCUGAUCCCACCUCUGCCCCUGCCUUCCCAUGAAUGGUUAAUAUAUAUGUGUAUACAUAUUUUAGCAGCGACAUUCCCUGAGAACCCCUGAGCUCUCAAGCUCCCCUCUGCCAGGGUGAGGAUCCAGCCUGUCCUGUCACUUCUGGGGUGCUCGAUGGCGGCCUCUUCCCUGUGCUUACUAAUACAUUCCCUCCCCCACACCCAUCAAAACUGGACCAGCUGGCCUCUUCUUUUCCCCUGGGACCAAAAUCUGGGGACCUCGCCCCCUGCCCCCAUGCCUGUCCUCUUUCCCUCUGGCCUCUCCUCCCCCUGAGCCCUGUGCCCUCAAUCCAUUCCUUGGCUGGGAGUCAGGGAUGCUGCCUUCUGGCCUUCCUUCUGCAAGUAUGCCUCUUCCACAGCUGUGGCUGCAGGGACUUAAUUUAUAGGGAGGAGCCUGUGGCAGCUGCCACCCCAGCCACAGCUGGACUGCGCUCACCACACAUCUGGGGCUGCCUUCCCUGGCAGAGGCCCUUGUGGCUUCUUAUAUUCCAUUCCCUUCGCUGUGGCUAGGGUGGGGGUGUGGGGACAGAGUAGGGAGGGUUGCCCACCAUGGCCUAGGGCUGGAAGAAUAUGAGUUUGCUGAUUUAAUAAAGGAUCCCAGUCUUUUCUGGAUGGA